AUGGCUCAAGCUGAUGUGAUUCUACCGUCCCUGGACACCGUCAAGGAAAUCUUAUCGAAACCCACGACAGGACCUAAGAAGCCAAAUCUAGUCCCUCUAUACGGUCAAAUAUCUGCCGACUUAAUAACGCCGUCUGCGGCAUAUUUAAAGGUAUCAGACCACUUCAAGACAGAUUUCUCCUUCCUCCUCGAGAGUGCCGCUACGGAACGGGUUGGUCGAUAUAGCUUCAUUGGUGCGGCCCCGCGCAAAAUCCUGAAGGCUGGGGAGGGUCAUGGAGAGGCGGUAGAUCCGUUACCCGCGCUCGAGAAGGAGUUAGCACAAAAUGUCAUGGCUGAGAUCCCGGACCUCAGGCUGCCGCCCCUUAUUGGAGGUGCUGUUGGCUAUGUGGGCUAUGAUUGCGUCCGAUACUUCGAACCCAAGACUGCGCGACCUAUGAAAGACGUCCUCCAAAUACCAGAAUCCUUGUUCAUGUUAUUCGAUACCAUAGUAGCAUUCGACAGGUUCUUCGGCGUUAUCAAAGUUAUCACCUACCUUCACAUCCCUGAGAACCUAGAUACCCUCGCGGAUGAGUAUAACAAAGCAACUACAACCAUUCACGAACUUAUUGACGUCCUCAACUCUCCCGAGAUACCCAUACCCGAACAGCAACCCAUUAAGCUCGGCCAGCAGUACACGUCCAAUAUUGGUCAAGAAGGGUACGAAUCACACGUGACCGAACUGAAGAAGCACAUCGUCGUUGGCGACAUCAUCCAGGCCGUCCCCUCCCAGCGGUUUGCUCGCCCGACUUCGUUGCACCCGUUCAACAUUUACCGCCACUUGCGAACGGUCAACCCUUCUCCAUACCUUUUCUAUGUUAACUGCCAAGAUUUCCAAAUAGUUGGCGCGUCGCCAGAGCUGCUUGUGAAGGAGGAGGAAGGAAGGAUCAUUACCCAUCCUAUUGCCGGCACAGUCAAGCGCGGCAAGACCCCAGAGGAGGACGAGCGGCUUGCCAAUGAGCUUCGCAACUCACUUAAGGAUCGUGCCGAACAUGUCAUGUUGGUGGAUCUAGCGCGGAAUGACAUCAACCGAGUCUGUGAUCCGCUGACUACGAGAGUUGAUAGACUAAUGGUAGUGGAGAAAUUCAGUCACGUUCAACAUCUUGUUUCCCAGGUAUCAGGUGUACUACGACCAGACCAAACAAGGUUCGAUGCUUUCCGAUCGAUUUUCCCUGCUGGAACGGUAUCGGGUGCUCCAAAGGUUCGAGCAAUGGAACUUAUUGCUGAGCUUGAAAAGGAGAAGAGAGGUGUAUAUGCCGGAGCCGUAGGAUACUUCGGGUACGGUAGCGUAGAUUCCAAUGGAAAGGAAACUGAGGGGGCUAUGGACACUUGUAUCGCCUUACGAACCAUGCUGGUUAAGGAUGGAGUUGCAUAUCUCCAAGCCGGGGGUGGUAUUGUCUUCGACUCGGAUCCAUAUGAGGAAUGGAUAGAGACGAUAAACAAACUAGGAGCUAACACGCAUUGUAUUACAUCGGCGGAAAAUCUCUACGCAAAAAGACAGCAGAAAUAG